GCAGGGGGGGGGAAAGUGGGUGUUGUGCUGUAGUGUUUGGUGUGGUGCGAUGCAUCUUCAUGACUGUUUUUAAACACACGAGCAGCAGUUCACUGUGCGUACGGACUGCAGCGGAGCGAUCGGCAAAACAUCCAUCCGUUGAGGCCGACAACAGUAGCCGUGCAGCGGGAGGGGGGGGAAGCUAGCUCCAACGCAGCUUGAAGCCCUGAGCCAGAGAAGGGAGAGCCGCGUCGGUGAGCCAUGGGGUUCCGCAAGAAGAACAAGAGUCCGCCGGUGCUGAGCCACGAGUUUGUGAUCCAGAAUCACGCCGACAUGGUCUCGUGUUUGGCCAUGAUUAUCCUCCUCGGCCUGAUGUUCGAGGUCACAGCCAAGUUUGCCAUCAUGUUCAUCACAGUCCAGUACAAUGUAACACAAGUUCUCGAUGAGAAAAGUGAUCCAGUGAACCUUUAUCAGUAUGGCCCUAAAGAUGCGGCCACUGUGUUUUUCUACCUGCUUAUCGCGGUCAUCCUUCAUGCCUUGAUACAAGAAUAUAUUCUCGACAAAAUGAACAGGAGGUUGCACCUGUCAAAAACCAAACACAGCAAGUUCAACGAGUCUGGACAGCUCGCAGCGUUCUACCUGUUCUCCUUCAUCUGGGGCUGCAGCAUCCUUACAGCGGAAGACUUUGCAACAAAUCCUACUUUCUUAUGGGAGGGGUACCCACACACUCACAUGGUUUUUCAGGUCAAGUUCUUCUACAUUUGCCAAAUUGCCUAUUGGCUCCAUGCACUUCCUGAGCUGUACUUUCAAAAAGUACGGAAGGAGGACAUCCCCCGCCAGCUCUAUUACAUUUGCCUUUACGUUGUCCACAUCACUGGUGCCUAUGUCUUAAACCUCCACCGACUGGGCCUGGUGUUGCUGGUCCCUCACUACCUGGUGGAGCUCCUGUUCCACGCGUCACGCCUCUUCUACUUCAGUGAUGAGAACAAGCAGAAGGGUUUUACUCUGUGGGCACUACUUUUUGUCAUCGCCCGCCUCCUCACCCUCACACUCUCAGUUCUGACGUUUGGCUUUGGGCUGCCCCGUACAGAAAACCAGGGCUUUUCUCUGGCAGAAGGCAACUUCAAUGUGCUCACCAUAAGGAUGACUUGUCUGGCAGCUAUCUGCCUGACUCAGGCUUGGAUGAUGUGGAAAUUCAUUAACUUCCAGUUGAAAAAGUGGAGGGAGCACAGCCAGAACCAGGCCUCAAAGAAGAAGGCAGUCAGCCCAAAAAGCAAGCCUCAAAAAAGGGAGCCUACAAGGGGAGGUGCCGCCAAUGGAGUUGUGAAGUCUGAGGAGAAAACAUCACCACGAGCAAGAAAAGCCAAAGCUUCAUAGAGAUGGAAAAAACUGAGUGAGGGAGAUCUGACAAUGUGACAUAAUGUCUUUACACAACUUCAAAUUUUGUCUACUGCUCUCCUAAACAAAUGUUUAGGCGCACUAAGAAACCUUACCAUACAACUGUCCUUUUGGGGUUGACACUCCUUUUUUUGAAAAGGUUCAUUGUUACUGUUUGCUCGAAAUGUUUAUUAUUAAUUUGGGCUCUCUGCAGAUGGGAGGUUGGCCGGACAGUGCUGGGUUUGAUGCUUUAACAGAAUACAUUUCAAAGUGUCCUUUUGUGUAAAAUUACGGCUACUUUUAAACUGAGUCGCUCGUCGCUAAUUUGACUUUGAAUCAGUUCACGUCACAGUCAUUUAAAAAGUGAAUUUGAACUUCAGGGCAACUUAAUAUAAAGUGUUAAUGUACAGAUUAACAGUAUGGAGUGUCCUUUUUUAAGUUUGGGCCUUAUUCAGUUAAACUCACUAAACAGGCCACUGGCUAAAGUCCCAAAAUAAAGCCUUUCUUACUCUGCAAGUCAGCACUUCGAUGUUCCGCUGUUGUCAGGAAAAGAUCCUGAAUGAAUUACACCAGAGGAAUAUUUGUGCUAUUUAGGUAUUUGGCAAAGCUGCAACCAGAAGCUUGUACUUUAACUCCUCGAUCAUUUACUGCCAUUAUUUUUCAGCCUCUGCCUUUGAAAUCCAACAUGUUACAGGAUUGAGGCACUUUGUUUUUCUUUUGCUUUUACCACAAGCCUGGUAAUCAGCUUCUCCCUGUACCAGGGGCUUGUCCAGGUUUGGUGAUUUACCAAGAGGAAGCUGCACUGUAAUCUGUGAUGCUGUACUGUAUGCAUACAGUUAUAUCUUUAUAAUGGCAUGAUUUGAAACAUGAACAAGAAACUGUGUUUGAGGCUGUGAUUCAGUCUUUUAUACGGUAACAAUGCAUGAUGGUUUAAGGCAAAAGACUUUAUGGCUAGUUCCUACCUGUGCUGUUGAGUUUGCAUCUCUCUCUCACUCACACACACUCACAGACACACACACACACGCACACAGACACACAGACACAGAAGCAUUCAGUGGCCUUUUUACAACUGCUGCAAGAGGUCUAAGUUAUUUAUUUUUGCCAUAAACUAUGGAUAGCUAUUAUUUUAUAUGCUUUGACGAGCUAUAACCAGCAAACACGGCGGUACAUAGCAACUGCGUUUAGUUAAUCCAAACAAUACAAUCUUUCUUCAAGUGUCCUUAUAAUGUCAGUGGUUUGUGUCACUCGUUCUGCUUGUGUUGCGUUCUGUUCGCUUUUUUUAUUCUCGGGUAUCAGGGGACACGCUAUCCACCACUUUACAGUAGAGGUAACAUCGUGCGUGCGUGCUGUGUGUGUGUUAUUGUUUUGCCUAUGUGAAUUAACUGAAAGUGGAUGAUGAUGGUAGUGAUGACAGCGAUGUUUAUUGCUUGUCUCGUAAAAUAAUUAUCGCCCGUGUGCAGUGUAUGAAAUGUAACAUUGACUGUUACUGUUCAUUGACUCCUGCCCAGUUUGUUGUAUUUCACAAUCGUAUCCUUUUUAGUUCGCUUCGGUUGGGCCCGUCUCAGUUCCCAACACGCUUCUGUGUGUGGAAGUGAGUUGUGGAUCAGGGCUGCACGAUGUAAGGGAAAUAUGCGAUAACGUUGUUGAAUAUUGCGAUAACUGUAUUACUCGCGAUAAAUAAAAGGUAAACUCAAGUGCACUCGGUUCUGCCUUUCUGCUACUUUCAGUGCUAAAAGAAAAGAAAUUGAAAGGUAAUUAUAUGACAACAUAUACAUGGUACACAAAAGGCAGUGUUUUCUACUGAUACUCAUUCAACUAACUCAAAAAUCCCUGCGUGCAAUAUCGCGAUGACAAUAAAAAAACCGAUAUAUUGUGCAGCCCUAUUGGUUAUCGGUUACUAAACGCUUAUGUGUUCAAUAUCUCUGCCCCUCCGAUGCCCUUUUCCUGUGUGAGAGAGAUUCUGUGUUUUCUGUUUGCCAAAUGUGGCAUGUUCUGUCCUUCCUGCUUCACCUUUUCAAUGAUCCUGACAUUGCUAUGGAGCGCACAUAUUGUACUGUUGGCCAUACUCUUUCUUCUCUUGGACCUGGAGUCCUGCUCUACUACUAAAGCACUGUGCAUGUGAAGCUCCGUGCAGGGAAAAGACUGCUACCUGUCUGCAGACAGUUUAGAGUAUGGAGUCUUAGUCCAGAGCAGGGAUGAGAUGAAGAUGCCUUUCAUUUUUGCUCCCUUUAGCGCUACUUAUUGGGACUUUGGUGGUCUUUAAAGCCCUAUGUCUGUGAAUGGCAGUGUCAUAGGAGGGAAGGAGUAGCAGAGGACUUAUGUACCAGCCUGUUAUUAAACUGUCAGAUGUAAAAGAGAAGAAAAAAAACUAACUUAACCCUACACUGUACUAAAAUAUGUGUCAGAUUUUUAAGCUAUUUUUAUAGAGGGGGAAACUGUUGUUCAGUACACACGUGUGAAUAUUUGUUUUGCAUCCUUAUUGAUAUUGUUUUUUUAUAUAAGAAUGAAGCUUGCUGAACUGUUAGCGUGGAUAUACAUUGUGGUAUGAGUGUAAACAUUUAUUUAGCCUAAUGGUUUAUUUAACUUCAUGGCCUUAUCGGAGCAAAGUGAACUCAAUUGUAUAACAGUGCUCAGUUAACAUUAUGCUGCAGGUGUCCUCUGCAGCUUUCACUACUACAUGUUUUAUGAUCGUUAGUUAUCCUAGCAUCACUUUAAAUAUAUAAAUCAGAGGCGCAAAUGAUCGGUUUAUUUGGUCCAGUCUUUUUCAAACGCUUGCGAUUUACAGGCCCGGAAGUAGAACGGACAUUUUUUCAGAGUGAAACCAUCUGCAAACUUCUCUUGCUCAUCAGAUGUCACACUGUACAACAAUCAGCAGAUGUUGAGACUGUGAAACGUGGGCCACUCUGCAGUUCUCACCCAGGAAUGCACUUUUGUUUUUUGCAUAAUAUGCAUUAUGUCAGAGCACCAUAACACUGCUCACUCGAGCUGCAAUGAUUUAACUGUAUGAGCAACCUCUCAGAGGCAACUAUCUUUAAUGCAUUUGACCAUGAGAUCACUUUUAAAAAAGAAGAUAUAAAAAAAAAAGGCCUGUACAGCAGAGACAUCGUUUAUUGUAUUUUAUUAAUCAUUCUGCAUCGUCCUUGAUUUGUUUUUAUUUCGCUGCUUGUUUAUAGAUGUUGCGAUUAUAUUUCCUUUUCAAAUAUGUUGUCUCUGAACUGCUCUGAAAGUAUAUAUUUAUGCAACUUUGUGAGUUCUGAUCAUUUCUUUCUUUGUCACUAUUUUUUUAUUUCAUGUUUGAAUAAAGCUUUUAUUCAUUACACAAA